CCGAGGAGGAAGAGCAGCCUGCACUAUGAACCCGUGGCUCGUGCUCUGCCUGGUGGCCAGCUUGGUGGGCGCCUGGUCUACUAUCCAUGCUCAAGGUGUCUCUGAGGACUGCUGCCUGGCCUACCACUCCCGUGUUCGGCCUGGCUUCCUCCGGCACGCCCGGAGUUACCGGCGCCAAGAAGUGAGCGGCAGCUGCAACCUGCCUGCUGUGAUAUUCUUCUUCCCGAAAAACAAGAUCCUGUGUGCGAACCCACGGGACAGCUGGGUGCCGAAGAUGGUAGACUUCCUGGAUGCUGGGAACAAGACCCUCUCAAAGCGCCACUGGAGACACUUGCAAGUCAUCCUCUUUGGAGCUAGGAAGUCGAGCACUGGAAUCUCCAAGCUGCCGCUGCCCAAGGUUAGCAGGCUCACCAGAAGCGACAAGGAAAACUACCCUCCUGACAAAAGCUAAUCCAGGACCGUGAGCCGACACAUCUCCAGGAUUAGCCCAGUGCAAGAUGGGCUGGACCUUCCUCCACUGCAACAGUCCCCUGCG